AUGGUAACCCUCCGCGCUCCAUCGUCUCUGCCGUCCACCGAACCCUCCCCCUCGCUCGCACCGCCCACCUUGUCAUGGCUCUCAGGCUCCUGGAAUGUAACCCACUCCACGCUGCCCAUGUGGAAGAAAUCGCGCAACGUGCGCAUCACAUACACUCCCAUUCCCUCCACACAGCCCGCUCAGAUCGACGACGUAGUCACGUACCAAUCUCUUGGCGCUAAGAAAAUUAAGACUGUGCAUGGAGUUGACAAGCCGUUUGAUGUACCAAAUACAGCCUCAGCGUCCGGUACAGAGGCCGGAGAAGUGGCGAGUCUCGGCUACAACUGGCGGGGCAAGGGGUGGUUGGUGAUUGCAACGAGCAAAUGGGAGAUACUAGGCUAUGGCGACGAGGAGGGCACUGACAACAGUUGGGUCGUGACGUACUUUGCAAAGACGUUGUUUACCCCUGCGGGCGUAGACUUCUAUUCACGGAAAGGCAACUUGACGCCACAGACGAUUGAAAGUAUCAAGGCCGGACUUGCGGGGCUUGGUGGUGAUGUCGCAAAGUUGGCAGGUGAAGUGUUCGAGGUCCAGAUGGACGGGGACAGGAAAGAUUGA